CAGGUCUUGCCGUGGCUCCUCCUUUCGUCGCUUGGUUGCGGCGGCGCUCCCGUCCGUCGGGACCGACAUGGCGGCGGCGACCGCCUUUACUUCUUCCUCCGCCUUGCGCCAGGGCUUGGCGCCGCUGAGGAGGUGGCGAGCGCUCUCCUGCCCGGCGCCCCUGGCCGCAUACAGCACCAGCAGCUCCCCUUGCCGCGCCGCCAGUGAUGAAGCAACCAUUAUCUCAGGGACAAAGCUCGCUCAACAAGUUUUGAAAGAAGUUCAAAGGGAUGUAGAAUUGUGGAUAUCCUUUGGAAACAAGAGACCUCAUCUCACUGUCAUAUUAGUAGGUGACAAUCCAGCCAGUCAUAUCUAUGUCAGAAACAAGAUAAAAGCAGCUACAGCAGUAGGCAUUUCUAGUGAGAUCAUACUGAGGCCUAAAGACAUUUCGCAGGAAGAACUCUUAGAUAUGACUGUAAAACUCAACAAGAAUCCAAGAGUUAGUGGUUUGUUAGUUCAGUUACCUCUCCCAGAUCACAUCGAGGAGAGAGCUGUUUGUAAUGCUAUUGCUCCUGAAAAGGAUGUGGAUGGAUUUCACAUUAUGAACAUUGGACGCCUGUGUCUUGACCAGCCUUCUAUAAUACCUGCCACUGCUGCUGCCAUUUGGGAGAUCAUCAAACGGACAGGAAUACAGACAUUUGGGAAAAAUGUUGUCGUAGCUGGAAGAUCUAAGAAUGUUGGAAUGCCUAUUUCAAUGCUUUUACAUACUGAUGGAGAGCACGAAAGGCCUGGAGGUGAUGCUACAGUGACCAUCACUCACAGACACACACCAAAAGAGCAGCUUAAGAUCCAUACGCAACUUGCUGACAUUGUAAUUGUAGCUGCAGGUAUCCCAAAGCUGAUUACAGCUGACAUGGUCAAAGAAGGUGCGGCUGUGAUUGAUGUGGGUAUCAACCAUAUCCGUGACCCUCUUACAGGAAAGACCAAGCUAGUUGGGGACGUGGACUUUGAAGUGUGAAACAGCCAAGCAAAUGAACCAGGAAACUACUUUCUUCCUCUGUGGUUUAAGUUCCCUUUUAUGAUCAUGGAAUGUCUUUGAUAGAAGGUGCAAGCAAGAGGAGGGGAAGGGGGCUGUUAGGCGACUUAACUGGUGCUGGUGCUGUGCUGUUGGUUCUGAUAGAGCAGACUCCUGCUCUGCAUGCUGCUCCUCAGCAGCACACACAGUUUGGGGAGCCACCUCUUUACCUACAGGAUCAGGUCCCUACCUUUCAUAGCUCUCCUGGAUAUUGAAGGUGCAGUAUCCCAGCGGGCAUAUGGAAGUGGUGCAAGUCCUUGCUGCCCUCCUGGGGUUGUCCUAUCUUGGAUCACCCAGCCUUCUUGGGUCGGCUGGUCAGUCUGGUCAAACAGUAGUCACAAACUGCCCCUUACCAAAAAAUUGGGUGGGGUUUAUUUUCUAUUUGUCUGGGCACAGGCUCUCAGGAGGAAAGGGCAACCUGCUGGAGAUAGAUCAGCUCAAAUGGGUUGUGAAAGCAUUGCCCAGAACUAACCCUGGAUAAUAAUGUUCAGAUGAAGAAGAUGACCUUGCAGCCUGGUUCUGAUGAUGUCCUGUCACUACCCUGGCUGUAAGAACUCAGUGGUUAAAACUUGUCUGUUUUACACUUGUCCCAUAUUCUCCAACAUUUUCCAAGUCACAGUCCUUGGUGCUUGUUGCCAGUUAAGUGCUUGUGAACAACUGACAGAACAAAAGA